CUGGUUUGACAGCCGGUCUCGUGAGGCAGGCCACGUAUACAACUGUACGACUCGGAAUUUACAAUCAACUGCAAGAUUAUUGGCGGUAAAUCAAGCUAAAUAAAAUAUUUUAGAGAUGAUUAAUAAUAUUUAUUCCAAUAAUAUACAUAUAUAUUUCUUUAAAACAAUAAAAAAUCACUUAGAAAUAGAUCAGUUAAACAGUACAAAAAUAAAGUGGCUAAAGCUAUCGUCCGGCAGUGUUCCAGAAGAGACAAUAAUUGUGCCUGAGUUUAUAUGCUUAUAGACAAAGACACGUAGGUCCUCCUAAUUUCGUUACCUUAGCACUAAUGGCUGGAACUGCUGGUGCCACCGGAGCCUUUGUUGGAACACCAGCCGACGUCGCUCUCGUAAGAAUGACAACAGACGGCAGAUUACCAGUAGAUCAACGGCGAAAUUACAAGAACGUGUUUGACGCGUUUAUCAGAAUCGUUAAGGAAGAGGGGUUGUUCACCCUCUGGAGAGGAAGUAUGGCCACGAUAGGAAGGGCUGUCGUCGUCAACGUUUCACAAUUGGCAACUUAUAGUCAAGUAAAAUACUUGAUAGCGUCACAAUGUAAGUUUAUAUAUAUAUCGAUUAUUCUACCAGUGAACGUUAAGGAGGGAAUAGCCUUACAUUUUUACGCGUCGAUGAUUUCGGGAUUCUUUACCACCUUCAACUCUAUGCCCUUUGACGUUACUAAGACCAGGAUACAAAACAUGAAGAUUACUGGGAAACCUCCGGGUAUGAUCGCAGUUAUGCUGUCAAUAGGAAAAAACGAGGGGUUGGGGGCUCUCUGGAAAGGUUUCUGGCCGACUUACUGCAGAAUAGGCCCACAUACAGUGUUGACUCUCAUCGUCAACGAGCAAUUGAUGCGAUUUUACAGAAUGUAUCAAGACUAAUUCCAAAUCAUCU